ACGACUUGCAAAGUCAACGACAAAAGUCAAAAAGUCGAAACCAUUAACCAGCGAGUUCCGUAAAGAAGAAGGUAAAGAGAGGAUUUGCGAGUUCCGUAAGGAAGAAGGUAAAGAGAGGAUUUGCUGGCUAUGGUUUUUAGCAGCUCGGCGAUGGCGACGGUGGCGAACGUAUCCACCGACAAGUGGCAGCGGAUGAGGAGGAUUCCGUCGUCGGAGAUAUUGAAUACUCAACAGCUUGUGGAGGUGGCUUGUUGCCUCCCUCUUAGUCAUCUCUUCAUCUGUCUUUGGGAGUUUCUGUGUUUCUCCAUAUCCGAUUAUGAUUCUGAUGAUGAUUAUGAUGAUGAUGAUGUUGAUGAUGACGAUGUGCUUGCUUUUGAUCAUAAUAGUAACGGCGAUUAUGAUGAUCAUGGGUCUUCUUCAUCAUCUAACUUGGAUUUUGAUGACUAUUACCAUUACCCGGACUCGGAUUAACUAAACUAGCUGACCUCUGCUUUCUAGUUUCUAAUUCUUUUGGGAUUAUUGUUGUCUUAGUUGAUUAGGUGUAUUGUCCUAAUUAUUAAUUAAUCUGGUAUUCUUGGAGACUGUAAAUUUACUCUUGGAUAUUCAAUAACAAAAUCAGACAUUACGAAUUA